GGAUGACUGGCUGUCCAAGGAGAACUUUGAGGGGAUGGCGAGGACAAGGAAGGUGGUUCAGGAGCACGUGGAGCGGAUUAAAAUGGCUGAGGUGCGGAACAGCCAGGGUUUGGACAUGGAUGAAAUGAUGGAGCAGAAGCCAAUGCUGGGAGAUGAACAGGAUUCGGUGAAGGAAUCGCCGCCCAUGGUUGAAAUUCCCAGCGAGACCCAAGAUACCUUGGAAAAGCCGGUGAUUAUAACAUACAGCUGCGAAAAAUGCCAGCGAAAGUUUGAAACGCAAUCAGGUAUGAGGAUUCACUAUGAUCGUUGUAAGAAGUCGCCCAAAAAGAAGCCAAAUGAUCCCCAACUGCACAAGUGCACCAUCUGUUCGGCCAAUUUUACGGUAUUGUCCAGGCUGCUAGAACAUCUCAAUAAGCACGAGGGAGUUAAACCAUUUGAGUGCCGUAAGGAAAAUUGCAACCAAAGCUUUCAUGGCCUCCAAGCACGACUUAAACAUGAACAGAAGUGUAAGGGAAAUACCUUGCUGGAUCCAAGUGUUGAUCAAGAAUCCCCGGAAAGCUCAACUGUGGCCAUCGCUCCUGAGGAAAACCAACCAAAAAUCUUCUCGUGCAGUAAAUGCCCAAGAAAAUUUGACACCAAAGGGGGAUUGGUGACUCACCGCCUAAACUGCAUGAAGCCUGUAAAAAGCCCUCGGCUUCACACCUGCUCAAUCUGUUCGGUUGAAUUCGGUAGUGCUAACCAUCUGGAUGCGCACAUGAACAAGCACAAUGAUAUCAAACCGUACAAGUGCAAAAACGAAAGCUGCGGCAUGGACUUUUACGGCAAACUGCACCUCUACAAACACACCGAGCGGUGUGGCAAGGCCAAACCCGUGUGUCCACUCUGCGGACUUCAGCUGUCCUCGAAGGCGACACUGCAUGCGCACAUGAAAACCCACGCAGGUACCCCCGAAGCUCCAGUGGCUCCGGUGGCCGAGUGCGAAACAUGCGGCAAAAAGUUCAAGACCAAGAAAUCGCUCAAAAACCACCAGACCGUGCACCUGAACGAGUGGAACUAUCCGUGCGGCGAGUGCGGCAAAAUGCUCAAGACGGCCGCUUCCCUGAGCGUGCACCGGCGGAUUCACAUGGAGGUGAAGCCGUUCAGCUGCGCCGUGUGCGGCCAGGGUUUCACGCUCAAGAGUCUCGUUGAGCGGCAUAUGCAGAAGUGCCACGCGGAAGUGGUUUUUGUGAAAUAAAAAG